AUGUGUGAGAAUGUUUACUCUCUUAGGGUAAAGUAUUUGAAGAAACUGGAGAAGUAUCCUUUCAAGUCUGAUGAGGAAGCAGGUGAGCUUGGGAUGAAAGAGUAUGUUGUAGAUUAUGAAAUGGAUGCUAUUGCAUUAGAAACGCCGUUUUCAAUGAAGUCUACCGAAAGGAAGGCAAGUGUGGAGACGCAGGAGAGUGUAGGUGGCGGCGAGGAUUGUUUUUCGUCCGAAUCGUCUGGAGAAAGCACGGAUUCGGAGGACUUUAUCGGAGACGUCUGUUUUGAGAUUGACCUGUCUAUCCGAGGCAAGGAGAUAGCUAGGGAUUCGCCGAUCAGCAUUAUUCAGGGACGGAAGUAUGGACUGGUUGGACGGAACGGAAUAGGAAAAACGACUCUUCUGAAGGCAAUCAGAAAAAGGAAGUUUGGGAUUCCAAAAGGACUCAAGAUAUACAUGAUAAGGCAGGACUCGUUUGUCGAUGCAACGGUUGAGGAGUUUGUGGGAGUGGAUGCAGGAAGAAUAUUGAAUGGGCUUGGAUUCAAUAAGGAGAUGAUUGUAAAGAACAUGCAGGAUCUAAGUGGGGGAUGGAGGAUGAGAGCACAUCUUGCAAAGGCAAUAAGCGUGAAUCCUGGGCUUCUGCUUCUUGACGAACCCACAAACUACCUGGACAUCAAGGCGUUGAAUUGGCUUGAAAAGAAGAUAUCUGAGCUGAAAACUGUUAUCAUUGUAUCGCAUGACAGGAAUUUCCUAAACAACACCACAGAGAUGAUUCUGCACCUGAAUGAUUUGAAGAUAGACGUUUAUAAAGGAAAUUACGAAAGCUUUGUUAAGCAAAGGAGCGAGAAGAUGGCUUCUGCGAAGAGAGAAUAUGAGAACCAGCUUACAGUCAGAGAGCACAUGCAAUCAUUUAUUGAUAGAUUCAGAUAUAAUGCAAAAAGAGCAUCUCUUGCUCAAAGCAAGAUAAAGGCGCUUGCAAAGAUGCCGGUAUUGAUACCGCCUAAGCAGGAUCCUGUGAUAAGAUUUUCGUUUUCAUCUGCAUGGUGUCAGGGACUGCUUGUUGAGUUUUCGAAUGUUUCUUUUCAUUAUGGCAAGGCAGGAUCGCCCGAUAAAAAAACGAUCUUUGCUGGAUUGAACAUGAAGAUUGAUUCUGGCUCACGGAUUGUGAUUGUGGGCAGUAAUGGGCAAGGCAAGAGCACAUUUUUGAAGAUAUUGGCUGGGAAGCUUGAGGAAGCCGAAGGAAGUGUGGUGAAGAAUUCGCAUUUGAAAGUGGGAUACUUUGCACAGCAUCACGUGGAUAAUUUUGACGUAAACGAGAAUGUAUUGGAUCUGAUGAUGAAGAGCUAUACCCUGGAGGAAAGCAAGAAAGCACUUGCAUCGUUUGGACUGAAUGUUGAGAACCAAAGGAUUGGAAGUCUUUCUGGAGGGCAGAAGAGCCGUCUUGGAUUUGCACUAGUGAACGGGAUGAAACCUAACCUGUUGAUUCUUGACGAGCCUACGAAUCACUUGGAUAUGGAAUCGAUUGAUGCAUUGGCCGAUGCCCUCAGGAGGUUUGAAGGAAGUGUAGUGUGUGUAAGCCAUGACUUGAAUUUUGUAAGCUCGGUGUUUAAGGAAGUGUAUGUGUGCGAAUCUAGCAGCAUCAAGAGGUUUUAUGGAGAUGUGAUUGAAUACAAGCAAAAGCUGGGUGACUGA